AUAAAAACCUACUAGUUUGAUCUCGUUAACUUUUUAUUGUUUUAACUAAGUGAUAUUUAACUCUACAAGUCGUCAAAUACCACAGUACAAAUUUAGCAAGUCUUGUUUGGUAGAUUACCCGGCUUGUUCCAUGAUUUUGGAUCUAGACGAUUAGACCUAUCUAAAUGAAAAACUUUUUACAGAAAAAGAAAUUACUGAAAUGAAGCAAAAAAGCCUCAUCGAUUACAUUACCACUUUGCCUACAGGCCUGGCAAACUAUAUAAAUAGCUUUAAUUGUGAUAGCACUGAAGAUCUUCGAGCACAGCUUCUCAAGGUACAGGAUUGGGAGAAUAAUUACAAUCCAAAAGAGCACCAUGACUUUGAUUGGGUCAAACAUACAAUAUUUUCAUUCGUAAGACUUUAUGAGUCAGGGAACUUGAAAAGAAUUCAAAAAGAAGCAUGGUAUAAUAGUCGUGUUUGGUCGCUGAUUGAUACGAUCUUCGAUGAUAUAGAAACGCUGCAUGUUAUUCGUGGCGAAGCAGCAAAUGCUGCAAGUAUUAGAAGAAAAAAUAUCGAUAGAGUAAUUGGAUCUAAAGACACUAUCACAAGAGCCCUUACUGGUUAUAAGUGUGACCUGAUUGUUAGAGAGGAGAAGGCUGACCACGAAUAUGCAGAUGAAUAUGCAGUCGGUGAAACCGCUGUACAUAACCUAAGCACCAAGACAAUCGAAGAAAAGGGGAUAAAAUUGCCAAAAGUGAUGAAAGAUAUGUUGGAUAAAUUGGUUAUAAGUACCCAAAACGAGACCAACAAUCUUUCAGUAUUUGGAAUCCAAACUGCAGGUCUAUCAAUAACGUUAUUAGCUGCCGACAGACCAACUUCUUAUCUAACUAGAAUAACAAAAGUAAAAGACCUGUCUAUAGCAAGUAACGUAUCCCACUUUACUGGAAGCAUUUUACCGUUGAUAGUAUUAGUAUGGCAAUUGAAACAGCAAAUAUUGAAAGUGAAAAACCAAGUAUGUUCCUUUCAAAAAGGUAAUUACCCGAAGGAUUCCAGCGGAUGGCUAAACACUUGUUUGAAUCAUGAAAAUGUGAUCGUUGUGCCUGCCACAUCGACUUCAACUGAAUACCUGAACAAAAAAAGAAAGCACAAAGCUUAAAUCAACAGCUUUUCAAGCUCUCAAAUAUCUGAUUACGAUGUUGUUAGUAACCUUCUUUUAUACACUGCAUCUAAGACUUUUUUAAUAUCUAUGAACAUCAAUGCCAUUAAAUUGAUAUAAUAAAAGGCUAUUCCAUCUUCCUCCUGCCGUCAUCAUCUCAUACGUAUGAGUAUGUUUAUAUUAGUGAAAGAACUGAAAGUCCUCGAGUAAACUGUCAG